AUGAAUGAAAUAAAAAUAAAGAGCUCAAUAAAAUUACAAAAUAAUGAUAUACAUGAUAUUGUGGCAACUGUAAAUUUAAAUGAUGAUAAAUUUGCCAAAAAAAUAUUAAAUAAAAAAAAAGAAUUAAAAAAUGAUGAUAAUGAUGAUGGCGAUUUUACAAAUAAUUUAUAUUCUAUUUUAAAAAGAGACAAUAAAUUAUUUGAUAAAUUUUUACAAAAUCAAAACUUUUGUUUAAAAAUAAAAGGAAAAGCAAAAAAAAGAAUUGGUAAUAAUGUUUUAAAUGGACAUAAUGACAUUUUCGAUAAUAAGACGACAGUUGGACAAAAUAUAAAUAUUAACAAUGAAUUUAAAAGAUAUAUCUCAAGCGAUUUAAAAAAUUAUAAAGGUGUAAAAUUUUAUGGAAAAAUAAAAAAAGUCAAAAAUCGAACAAAACAUCUUUUAAAACAUUCUCAAAAUUGUACAACACAAGAUGAUAGUUCUUCUUAUUUAAAAAAAAAGUCAAAUUAUGAAUUAAUUGAGAAUUGUAACAAGAAAAUAAAUAAUGUACACUCAAAAAGUGGGCACAUAAAAAAUGGGCACAUAAAAAAUGGGCACAUAAAAGGAGGGACUCCAAUUAUUAAUCUGUCCUCUUUUAUUCGCAUAAAAAAAAGAAUUAUUAAAAAAAAAAAAAAAAAAAAUAUUAAAAAAUGUAAAAAAAAUAAAUUAAUAGCUAAUUUUAGAGAAACCAAAAAAGACAAAGUAUUGAGAACAAAAUGGAGUGGUAACAAAAAAAUAAAUGAAAGAAAAGAGAGUGGAAUUAUUUACAAUUUGGAGGGGAAAAAAAAAAGUGAAAUUAUUUACAAUUUGGAUGGGAAAAAAGAGAGUGGCAGUGGCAGCGUUUACAAUUUGGAGGGGAAAAAAGAGAGUGGCGGUGGCAGUGGCAGUGGCAGCGUUUACAAUUUGAAGGAAGCCAAACCAAUAAAAAAUAAAAAAGAAACAGAAAGAUUAAGCAAAAGAAAUAAAUGUCCAAUAAGCAUACGUCUAAAUUAUGAAAAAAAUAAAUUAUAUUUUAAUUGUUUAUUUAAAAAUAUUCAAAAUAGAGAUAGAAAACAAGUUUCAAAUGAUAUGAACAUGUUAGAUGAUAAAACGAUAGGAAGCAAAUCAAUAUGUGAAAUAGACGAAUUUAUUAAAAAUAAUAAAUAUGUUAUGAAAGAAAAUAUUAAAAAUAUAUAUAAGAAAAAAAAAGACUCAGAUUUGUAUAGUUGUAAUAACAGUAAUUAUUCUCGAAAAAAUAAUAAUUAUCAAAAUAAAAGAAAUUCAUGUCAUAAAUAUGACGAAACUUUUAUGAGUUUAAGUGAAAGUGGCGAAAGUGGCAAAAAUGGAAGUCUUUACAAAGAUGUAAAUUUUGCAUAUCCAUUUCAAAAUGGUGAAGAAGAUGAAAAAAAAUAUAUUAAUGUGAUGGGUAGAUAUGGAAAUAUAAAAAGAAGUUCAUUGGUGAGUGAUAAAAAUAAAUUUGAAAUAAAAAGAGAUUCAGAAAAAGUUCCAAAUAAAACAAGUUUGCAUUUAGAUAAUACUGAUUUGGAAAAACAAAAAAAAAUGAUGAAAAACAUGAUGAAAAACAUGAUGAAAAAAAUGGUGAAAAAAAUGGAAAAAGAUGCAAAUCAAAACGUGUCUAUAUUUUUAAAGCACCCUCUAAUAAGCAAAGAGCAAAUAAGCACAAACAAAGAUGUAGAUACUGAUCAUAUAAAAAAAAAAAAUGUAAAAUCUUUAAAAUGUAAUGUGAAACGUGAUAGUUUAACAUCUAUCCAUAGUGGGUUUUCUCAAAAUAAAAGUGUAAAUGAAAUUAGUGAUGAUUUUAAAUAUUAUUCUAAUUAUAAUUUUGAAAAAAAAAAAAAAUUACCUUUUUUGAAUAAGUCAUAUACUAAUACCAUCUUUAAAACUGAGGAUUGGAAAAUUGAAAAAAAAACCCAAAGCUUAUCAGUUGCAAAUAUAUUAGAUGACAAUAAAAUAAAACAUAAUUCUUUUAAUUCUGAUAAAAAAUUAUUAACUUUAAAUAUGUCUAAUAUAUUAGAUAAAAAAAAAAAAAAAAAUUUUCCUAAUUCAAAGUUUUCAAAUAGUUUUAUAGGAAGUAGAAACCGAAGCGGACCAACAAUAUCUAAAAGAAAUAGUAACAAAACAAAUAAAUAUAACGAAAAUAACCAGAUACCAAUUAAUGAUAAUGUUACCAAAAUCAAAACUAUAAAUGGAAACAUGGAUAAUAACAACCCAUCUUUUAAAAAAUUAAACAUAAAUAGUAAACUUAUUUUGGGUAGCAAGAUUGCCGAAGUAAGAAGUGGCGAAAAGGGUGGGGAAGUAAAAAAUGACGAGGCAAAAGAUGGCGAAAAAAAUGACAAGCAAAAUGACGAAAUGGUAAUAAAAUUUGUGCCUAAAGUUUGCAAGUCCGCUUCUAAAGGUGUAGUUAAACAUUUGGUGAAAAAAUACGAACAUAAAAAUGGUGUAAAACAAAAUGUCAAUGAAUUGAAAAAAGAAGAAAAGGAAGGAAAGGAAGAAAAAGGAGAAAAAGAAGAAAAAGGAGAAAAAGAGGAAAAGGAAGAAAAAGAAGAAAAGGAAGGAAAAGAAGGAAAAGACGUAAAUGAUAAUGAUGCUACGAUUGGUGGAAAAGAAAAAUCUGGACAUAAUGACGAGGCAAAAAAUGGAGAAGUAAAAAAUGGAGAAGUAAAAGAUGGCGAAAAAAAUGGAGAAGUAAAAAAUGGAGAAGUAAAAAAUGACGAGGCAAAAAGUGGAGAAGUAAAAAAUGACGGAAAAAAUGACGAAAAAAACGUAGUGGCAAAAAAUAGCAUAAAUAAAGUGUUAGUGAAAAAAAUGAUGCCGAAAAUACCAAGUCUUAAUAAAUCAAUGGUAAAAAAAAGUGUGAUUUUAAAAACGGGAAAAAAAGAAACACAUGAUAAUGAACAAGAUGAUAAAGAUUCUAAAAAAAGCGAAGAAAAUGAUUCAGAAUCUAAUUCCAAUAAAAAUGGUAAAAAUGGUAAAAAUGGUAAAAAUGAAAUGGUAUUGAACAAAACAAAAUCAGAAAUAAAUGAAGUGGCGCUGAACAAAACAGAAACAGCCAAAUGUGAUGAUAAAGAAAAAGUAAAAGUUCAUAAAGAAAUAUCCCUAAAUAAAAAUGUAAAAAAUAUACCAUCUUUGAAGGAUUUAAAAAAGGAAAAAGAUAAGAACAUAUUAAUUAAGACAGAUAAUAAUACAAAUGAAAGGAAAUUUAUAGAAAAGGCUGUAAAAAAAAAUAUUGAAAAAAUGUUAGAAAAAGAAGAAAUCGAGAAAGAUGAAGAGUCUGAAAAAACAUGGGAUCCAACUGACUUAUCUUUAUUUAACACAUCUGAGACCAUUUCUAAAAUAAUGAAUCUAAAAUUAUUUUCCUCAGUUCAAGAAAAUAUUAAUGACAACAUUGAAAAAUCAUUUGCCUUGAAUUCCAGCGAAAAAACGGCGGUUGCAAAUGCUGAGAAAGAGGAGGAAAAAGAGGAGGAGAAAAAGGAGGAGAAAGAUGAGAAGAAAGAUGAGGAGAAAGAUGAGAAGAAAGAUGAGAAGAAAGAUGAGAAGAAAGAUGAGGAGAAAGAGGAGGAGAAAGAGAAAGAAAGUGGAGAGCCACAUUUAGAUAAAACUGCUAACACAUCUUCGAAGAAUCAGGAACAAAGUACUUCUAAGAUAGUAUCGAAAAUUGGAAUUUCAAAAAAGUUCGCAUUUAAAUUUCCAUUAAAAGCUAGCAAACACUGCGUCUCCAAAGGGAGCGUAGAGGCAGCAAAAAAGGCCGAAGAAAAGGUUGAGGCAGUAGAAAAAGUUGAGGCAGCAGAAAAAGUUGAGGCAGUAGAAAAGGUUGAGGCAGCAGAAAAGGUUGAGGCAGCAGAAAAAGUUGAGGAAAACAAAGAUGAGGAAAAGAACGAGAAAGACGAUUUUGUAACUAAAAAACCGAAUAUACUGAAACAUCCUUUAAAAGCUAAGAUGCCGGGUAUUCCUAAAAACAAUGUCGAAAAGGCCCUUAUAAAAAAAAACAAUUUCAUUAAAAAGCUGAAUAAUAUAAAAAACGUAUUACCAUCAAAAGAAUUGCCGAUCAAAAAUGUAAAAAUUGAUGAAAAUGUAAAAAUUGAUGAGAAUAAAACAAAUGAUGACAAUAAAAAUGGAGAUAUUCGACUAAAUCCAGACUCUAUUAAGACUGACAAUACAUCUGUCUUAACAUCAUCUAUAAACUUAGACACCGCAAAUUGCCAUACUAACAAUUCGGCAGAACCCACUAAUUCAGUAAAUAAACACGAAGAGGAAAUAAAAAAUGAAUCAAACAAUGAAGAGAAAAAAAUAAACGAAAAUAUAAACCAUAUACCAUCAAAACCAAUUAUUAAAAUAGUUCCAAAAUUUCCUAAAAAUGUAAUAAGUGGUCCUAUUAAAACCAACUUUACUAAAGACAUUGAUUCUUUAAAAAAAGCAGUAAAGACAAAACCACCAAUGUUGAGCAAAUAUAAACCCAAAGCUGCUUAA